CACAAAUUGCAGAGCGCUGGGCAUUCUUGAAAACUUAUAUUUUGAUAAAUAGAUCAGCUAUUUAGGUGGUGUGAUAACAUGUUCUUUUCCAACCCCCUUGAUGAAAACCGUAAUUAUAUGCAUUUUUUAUGGUCGAGUUAACAUUUUGAAAUAAAAUAAAUUUCCAAAACAUUUAUUAAAUCGAUAAAGAUAUAUUGCCCAGGCCCAACCGCAUUCUUUUGUGUUGACCGUGAGCCAAUGCCAGUGUCAAAGACUGGCAAGUGCAAGUAGUAGUAUACUUCUAGCGUGAUAUCAUGGGCCUGUUGGACAAGAGGCUCCUCUUCUCCUGCCUUGUUGUCGGUAUCUUCGCUAUAAUUUUUCUACAAGGGGCAGAAGGCAAAAGCAAACGCAGUGUCGAUGGGCCAAAGUGGUUCGAUCAUUCUAAGUACAGAAACAGGUUUAGCACUACUGGUGGCUACUACGAUGGUGGCUCCCACAGUGGGUCUGAAAAAAUGCCCUGGUCCUGGUGGAGAUUUGUGCUCGUCCUCUUGUUCGUGUUUGGGAUACUCAUUUUGGCUUUUAUGGUGUACUUCUACUGCUGCUACGAUCACAGCCCUGAAGAAGACGAUCACGCGGCCAGGGUGGCCAAUUUCCUGAAGAAUCAAGAGGAACAGAGCAAAAGCGACUUACCCACCACCGUCCACCCGCCCGUCACCUACCCGGGCCCAGACAACGAGCCACCCUCAGCACCGGCAAUGACGCCUCCUCAGCACCCUGAAUGGGGGACGUCCGACGUCCCCUCCUUCGCGCCGCCAGACUUUGCGACCGCCACCGCACCACUCCUGCCACCGGGAGUUCAGCCAGUGGAUUCCUCAACUAACCCGCCGCGCGGAGCACCAACCCUGCCCUCCUCCAGCGCAAACACGACGUCACCACAGAUCGGCUUCAUAAUUCCGCCCCAAGAUCCAGCGAAUGCGAGUGUACACUUUGGGGGACGGGUAGCAGCAUAGUGACGUUAAACGUUUAGCUUCUUGAGAAAAUUAAUGUGCAUUGCACUUCUCAUCAUAGCAUAUAUAAAGCAUAGCGCUUUUGAGGUUUAAUUUGCAGCCAUGAAUGCUGAGUUAUUAACUGCAACUUUGAGACACUGAAUGUGUUUCAUAUGUUUUAACGGGCAGUUUUUGGUGCUUUUCCCUGUCUAUUUUCUAGUAUACUUAUCAAGGAUGCAUACUGAUAUUUUAUUGUGUUACUUGUGACACCUGCUACAUACUUGAAAAUUGAGAACUUCAACUCAAUGACAUUGCCUUGGAAAAAAUGUGUUCAAAUGAUAUGAAAAAUGGGAAAAAAUUAAUAUAUAUACAAAGAGUUUAAAUGCUAUCAUUGUGAUAUAAAAAUUAAUGCAUAAUACAAUAAUUUUCUCGCUUAACAAAAUUGUGGACGAUGUAUUUAAUUCAAAUAUUUCUUACAAAAUAGUUACGCACGCUAUAAGCUGAAAUUAACAACUAAAUAGUUUUCACAGUAUUAUAAAUGCGAUUCUGAGCUGUUUGAGCAUUGGCAGUAUCACUGCAGUCUCUUAAAAAUGGUCUUAAAAAUGCACUAUGCGUUUUGACAAAAAGGCUGACAAAAAUGGAUUAAAUCCAUGCUCUAAAAUUCUCUUGAUUUGAGGUCUCAGCCGCCAGAUUGAAAGCGACAGCUUGCGGGACCGCCUUAGCUGAACUUUUAACCAGCAAUUUUCACCGGCGGCUAGCGCGCCAAUACAAUAUUUUAAACUUGAACGUUUGAUAGUGCUUAACGAUCCAAAGGACUUGAAGAAAUUUUCGCCUGGCUGAGACCUCUACUCAACAUUUUAGAAAUGCAAACAAUAAAUUCAAGUCUUAAAGACGAUAGUAUGCAUUUAUUAGAAGAAUAAUUUUAAUAAAAAAUAUGUUACCGUCCACAACGAUACUGGUGAAUCAGGUCCAGAGAACGAUAAACGAUAAAAAUAAUUUUUUAUUGUUGGACGUGUUUUAUUAUAACAUUUAUCAUUUUAAAAAAUUAAGAAACAGAAGUGAACAACAUUUAACUUCAACUUAUCAUACUAAUUGCAUCACAAACAAAAAAUAUUGAAAUGAAUUUGACCUGCGUUCCAUGAUUUCAGUAACAUUCAUAACCUGUGCAAAUUUAAAAGUCUACUUUGGUUUCACCAGGCAAUCUGCCGCCGAUAUAAAUAGUAGCCACCAACAGACAAAAUAUUUUUACAGUUUUGAUCGCUAAAGUGUGGCCCUAUAUUUAUCUAAUUAUUAAAAAUAACAGAACAAGACGUCUCUUGGCGCUUCAGUGCAUAUUAUAAAAUUGGGAGACUUCCUUUGCUAGAACUUUAACAGCCGAGAGUUGAUAAAUGUUUAAGAGCUUCAUUGAAACUUUGGAGAAAUGCGUGCAUUUUUCGGACUUGUAGUUUAUUGCAAUUUGUUUUAGAAUUGAAGGAGAUUUACAAAUAUUUUGGUUUAUAAUACAAGAGAAAAAUACUGAAAAUGCUCUAUUAUACUACUUGUGUAGAAUAUAAUGGCAUUAAUUCCUACUUGGUUUCACAUACUCAGCUGCCGAUACUUUACUGCGUGGACACACUGUUCUGUAAGAGUUUGUAAUGAUUGGAAAAUCCAAAUUAAAAAGCUCUCUAAACAACAGAAAACACGAAUUGAUUUUGUAAGUUGGAAACAGAAUUAUUUGUAUGAUUCUAUUGUGUCAAUUAAUAAUUUAAUUUUUGUCUGCACCUGAUAUUUCUUUUGCAGAGGCAAAUAUAAUAAUGAUUGACCAAUUUUUAAACGAAGCAGAUUGCUUCCAGUAUUCAGUUUUCUAUUGCGCUUAUUGUUAGACCUUCAACUCUAUACUCGCUUCAGAAAAAAACUUCAAUAUUGUGCUCGGUUACAAUUCAAUACAGGAUCAACAAUGAAAUUUAAGCAAUUCAUUAAAUGAAAUAAAAAAAUCAUAUUAUGAACUGGCCGCUAUAGCCUUAUCUAUACUACUACACUAUAUGCGAAUUAUCAACGUGUUACACCGUUGCCAGUUAUGCGUGCUUUAAAGUGUACUAUGUAUAUUCUCACUAUAUACAGUAAAAAUUGUGAUUUUUACUUAUUUCGCUAACAAAAAUCUGCAAAAAAUGCUUGUUGUUUUUAAAAGUCGAUCUGCAAAAAAAUUGUAUUUAAUAAAAUAAAGAAAACAUAUACUUUAA